UAUUUAGUUUUAAUCGGAUCAGAGUUUCAGUUUAACUUCUUGUAAAAUAAAUUGGACAUGAAAUGUUUCCUGAGAACCAGAAGUUGCUGUAAGUUUUGUCUUGCAGGUGUUUGAGUCUGGGGCAUUCUCACUCUGAUUGGCUGCAGCUUCUCCUGGUGGGUGGGGUCAGAACAGAUAAGUACCGCCCUCUGGAGGAUAAGAUUUGGCCUCUGGUUGACGUCCUUCAGUCUGACUUCAUCAUGUGGUCCUCAGAGAUGCAGGGUUUUACCAACUCCUCUAACGUCACCACAGCUCGGGACUGGACUAAGGUUUACAAGGCUGUCCAGUGGAUCCAACUCAUUAUGGCUCUGUGCAGCAUUUUGGGUUCGAGUUCCAUCAUCUUCUGCCUGAUUUCACAGCGACUCAGAAAGAAGCCAGAGCUGCAGCCGCUGUUCCUGCUCAGUGUGACCGACCUCCUGCUCGCCCUCUGCUGGCUCGUUGGAGCUGUUCUCUUCUCUCAGCGCUGCAGCAACCUGAACACACUCUGCUACAACCUGCACACGGUGGAGCAGGUUCUGUACAUGGCCUCGUUCUUCUACACGUUAAACUACGUGUGGAACCUGUACACAACAAUCAGAGAGAAGUUCCACAGCUGCUACAGCGGAUAUUCGGUCCAGUUUUCUAACAGAGUAAAAACGAGUGCCAAAGUCAUAGCGCUGAGCUCAUGUCUGGUUCCUCUGCUGCUGAUGACUCCUGUAUUUAUUAAAGGAAACCUAAGCCAGUGCCAGGCCAAUUUCACCAAACCUUACAGGUGUCUGCUGAUGCACACUGGAGCGCUGUACCUGACCUCAGAUCAGCUGAUCAGCUCAUCCUGCAGUCUGUGGCACACCUACCAGAUCAUAGUCUUCCUCAGCACCUUCCUCCUGACUCUCCUCAGCACCAGUGUGAUGGUGGUAAGAGCUCGUCGUAUCUACAGGCGGGUUGUGUCAGCACAUGGUUACCUUGGCAACGAGCAGCGGACUUUGUUCCAAGUGAUGGACCGACGGAUGAUCCUGUACCCGCUGGUGUUUGUCCUCUGCUGGGGUCCAGCCGUGACUCUGGCUCUGCUGCGAGUGUUCCGACCCUUGACGCAUCACGGUCUGGUGAUAGUCGUCCUUUACAUACUUCAGGCUCUCACCGCUGCCUCUCAGGGCUUCCUCAACUGUCUGGUCUACGGAUGGACCUGUGCUCACCUGCGUCGAGCCAGUCUCAAGUUUUUUUUACGAGACGUGGACACCCAAACACCUCUGCUGCGGUCCCAGCGGAGCAAAGGUUACCAGAGCUUGAGGUCUGUGGCCUGAACUCUGGAGAAAGGCAUCAGCUGUCCCUAUGGGUGGAAAGAAAACCACCAUGACUGUGUCCAGCUCUGAUCCAGAACCACUGAGGCGAGAAAAGGGGAAGAGGAAGACGAGGGGGAGUUAUCGCAAAGAGGAAGAGCAACGAAGAAAACAGGAUUUGAAAAAACGUUUUAUUCUGUCAGAACUUCCAAACCUCGCAGGUGCUUUCGUUUCUGAAUUAGGUCACAUGAGCUUUGAGGAUUAAGAAAGGUUCUAAAGAACUGAUUCUAAUGAUUACGAGUUUCAGUUCACGUCAGACAAAAAGUAGUCUGGUCAAACUUUAUUUCACAUGUUAAAAACACAAACUUCUCUUUAUUCAACUCGUUCUGAAGGAACCCGAGAGAAGAAUAAAGAGUUUCUCCCCUCAGGUUGGACCAGAUGAGGGAAAACAAAGCAAACAUUUGGAAACAGAUGCUUUCAUGAGCUGAUUCUCAGUUUGUCAGGUUUCCGUUCACAGCUGAUGCUGCGUUCAGGGUCAGAUAAAAACCUCAGUCAGUUCUGUCAGGGCCUCAUUUCUUCUCAUGCAAAAGCAUUUUAUCCCUGCAGACCAAGACCGGGUGGUUCUAAUGGAGAAAAGCUGGUUCUGGUUCUGGUUCUAGUACCGACCAUCUGCAGCAGCUUCAGACUCACAGACAAAAACUUUCAUUUAGUCAUGAAACAUGAGGAAUAAAACCAGAUGAGACAAACGUCUAAUCUAAAUCUAAUUUAUUAUAAAAAAAGGAAGAAAAGAGCUGAUUUAUUAUAAUAAAUCCCAAAUGAAGUUUAAACGUGUCAUAAAAACUUUAUUAUACGACAGUUAGUUCUGACCGAGUGAUUUGAUUGGUCAAGAGACUUUCCAAGCGUGCUGAUAUUGGACUAUAACAGCACUGGGACUGUUUACAAACAUGAUCACUCCGCUGUGCACAGGCGCUAACCGCUAUUGUAGAAAAUGUUUGUGUUGCCUAGCAACAGCCUUGUCUGAGUCUCCGUUUUGUGUUGGGACUAUAUGUGUUGGCGGAGCCUGAUAAAUGAUUAAAUAAAUGAACAAAUCAUAA